AUGGUUACAUAUACAAAUGCGACAAAAUCCCAGGAUAAUGGAAGUGUUUGUGUUUAUGAUGUAGUGACCAAGAAGGCUAAAUGGCCAUGCAUGCAAAAAUUUAAAGUGACCUUUGACCAUGAUUCAUAUGAUGUGAAGUGUGAUUGUAGAAACUUUGAAUUUAGAGGGAUCAUGUGUAGUCAUGUGGUUAGUGUAUAUCAUGAGGAGGAUAUAUUAUGUGUUCCUGAAAAGUAUAUCUUAAAUCGAUGGAGAAAAGACUUGGUUAGGGAGUACACAAAAUUUGUAGUGCCAUAUUUUACACCGGACAAAAAACCACAAGCAACGAGAUAUUUAGCAUUGCAUAAGGAAUUUGAGGAUAUUGCCUCUAUGGCAACAAUUGAUGAUAAACCAUACUCUUUUCUUAUGGAGAAUUCGGUUAAAUUGAGACCACAAGUGAAUGCAUUGCUUGAAGAAUGUCAAGAACUACCCCGGAUUGUGAGUACACUUGGUAAAGUUUAUGGAAUAUGCCUCUCACUUAGAAGUGAAGUUGAUGGAGAUAACCACAACGAGAAUGUUGAAAAUCCACAAAAUGUCAAAAAUUCAGAAGAUCCUUGA